UCUCCCUCCCUCCUUCCCAGCAAUGCUGAUGCUCAGAGAUACUCAUAGGAUAGAACGCAUGUGUAUGCAUUCUGCAGCAGCCUGAUUUAGCACAGGUGCCUUCACCAUCCUCUGUGAACGCCUGGAGGUAGCAUGGAGAUCUAGUCUAUUUGCUGUCCUCCUUGAGGAUCAGCUCCAGGACAUCUUAAGAAGGAACCUUAUUUUCUACAGGUAUUUAUGUCCUGGUACCCCAUUAUCUUGGGUAGCAUUGGAAGGCAGCCCUGGAGAAAAGACUACUUCAUAGGGGGGAGGGGAGGAGAAGGUGCACCCCAUUUCUGGAAGAUGAGGGGGGCAGCUACUGCUCUUAUCCUCCCAAUGUCAAGCCUCCCCCCUGUCUGCCACUCUGUGCCCACAAUGGAUUACCUGGCCCCUUUGGAUGGAUAAUUGACGGAUCUUAUACUUCGCAUCUGGGUCCCCCUCAAUUAGAUUUGGAUCCAGUAGACAAGGAAUUGAAUAGACAUCUUUGACUGGAGAUCAGACGAGAUUGGGGGGGUAUUCAUCCCCCUUCCAUCACAGACCUGCACCCUCUUCAAGCUAACAUGGGAUGUAACAUGUGUGUGGUUCGGAAACCAGAGGAGCAUUACAAAGUGAUGCUGCAGGUGAAUGGAAAAGAACUUUCGCGACUCUCCCAGGAGCAGACACUCGAAACCUUACGUGCCAGUAAAGAUCCCCUACUGAUUCAAGUUCUGAGACGCAGUCCCCGUAUGAAGGGAACGGCAUUGACAGCUUCUUCCCAUGACCUACAGUUUGUGGACAGCGGAACCCAAACAGAUAUAACCUUUGAGCACAUCAUGACAAUGGGCAAAGCUCGACCUCCAAGCCCUGCCAUGGUUGUUCUAGAACCGUAUGUACUAUCAGAGCUCCCUCCAAUUGGGAAUGAGUUCUUUGAGCAAUCGGAGUUCAUGGAUGGAGUACAACCUGAGGGAGAGCGCACCGAUGAGUUGGAAUAUGAAGAAGUGGAGCUGUGCAAAAUAAACCAUCAAGACAAGCUUGGCCUAACAGUUUGUUACCGCACCGAUGAUGAAGAAGACCUAGGGAUAUAUGUCGGAGAGGUGAAUCCAAACAGCAUUGCAGCAAGAGAUGGCAGGAUACGAGAAGGAGACAGAAUUCUACAGAUUAAUGGCAUGGAUGUGCAAAACAGAGAAGAAGCAGUAGCGAUUCUGACUCAAGAGGAGAGCACAAAUGUUUCCUUGUUGGUUGCCCGUCCAGAAACAGAAAUGGGCAGAAGAUGGAAGGAUAGUGACAGAGAAGACUUUUUGGAUGACUUGGUGUCAGAAAAUGAAGAGGAACUACAAGCACAGAGGCUGAACUCCCCACCGCAUCAACAGGUUGAGAAUGAAGAUGUUGAAGGUAGCCCUAAGUCUCCUAGACCUUUCCCACAUCCAGCAGGUUUGAGCCGUAGUCAGGAACUGGACAGUGGAGUAGGAAGGACAGAUGAAAGCACCCGUAAUGAUGAAAGUUCAGAACAUGAUAUUUUGGGUGAUGACCAAACAAGCACUGCCAAUACACCAGGCAGUCAACGUCGUCUGCGCUUCCUGCGUGGGGACUCACAGCAUCCUCUUCAAUGUCGGGAAUUUCACCAUAGCUUGGACUCUUUGCUGGCAGCUGAUGGAUCAGCACCUUACAAUGAGGUUCUUCCACCAGGUGCUGGAUUAACUGAUGAGGAGUAUGAGAGAUAUAGAGAACUUCUGGAAAUUACUUGCCAUAUGGAGAAUGGAAAUGGGCCUGCCUUUCUCUAUGCUUCACGACAGGGCGGUCUAGAUGUCAAUCGCAAUGAGAGUGUUUUACGUGAGAUGGCAGUACUGGAAGAGGAGCUUCGGCAUCUGGAGUUCAAGUUCCGCAAUGUUCUAAGAGCACAAAAGAUGCAACAAUUGAGGGAACGAUGCAUGAAAGCCUGGCUCCUGGAAGAGGAGGACAGUCUUUAUGAGUUUGUUGGUGGGGGCAGUGGGAACAAUGAUGGUUCCACAAAGCUUCCAGACAUCACAGAACUCCCAGAAAGGUCAGAUAAGGACAGUACCAGUGCAUAUAACACCGGUGAGAGUUGCCGGAGCACUCCACUCAUGAUGGAACCACCAUUACCGCUAGACAGUCCAUUGAGGAGAAUUAAUGAUCCUUCUGGUGCAUUUUGCCAAGCAGCAGAAGGAAUUUCAUCUAAUGCUAACAUGAACAGAGGACAUGGCAAGAAUGUGCCUCCAUACCCUGGUAGUCCAGAGCCUACAUCAUCAAAAUUUCGUUCCUUGUGUCGGGAAGGGCGGCAUACAACAGAGGAAAGGUUAAGAAGAGCAACAAAACCAGGAAAUGAGUUAGAUCGGGGAAGUCGUGAGAACAGCCCAUACCUCAGCCGACGCCAACGCUCUCAAAGUGGAGAACGUUACCGAAGUUGCCUCCAGUUGGCCCAACAAAGAAGUCUUGAUGAACUAGAUGUAGAUCCUACAUGUGGAAAAGCUAUGGGGGUUUCACAAGGCAGUCACUCCCAAGUAGAGCCAAGAAUGGAAUGGAAAGUAAAAGUCAGAAGUGAUGGUACACGUUAUGUGGCCAAACGUCCUGUUAGAGAUCGCCUCCUGAAAGCAAGAGCCAUGAAAAUCAAAGAGGAGCGUAGCGGGAUGACCACUGACGAUGAUGCUGUGAGCGAGAUGAAGAUGGGCCGUUACUGGAGUAAGGAAGACAGAAAAAGACAUAUCAUGCGAGCCCGGGAGCAAAGGAAGAGAAGGGAAUUUAUGAUGCAGAGCAGGUUAGACUGCCUAAGAGAGCAACAACAACAGCAGGGUGCAGACGGUAAAGGUGAGAUGAGCAUCAUUGCCCUCAGCCAUCGCAAGACUAUGAAGAAGCGUAAUAAGAAAAUCUUGGAUAACUGGAUCACUAUCCAAGAAAUGCUGGCUCAUGGGACACGCUCUGCUGAUGGGAAGCGGGUUUACAAUCCCCUUCUCUCUGUUACCACAGUCUGAGGAGCAUCUAAAAAUGCCAAGCAAUCCUUGCCAAAUCAGAACCUCUCCAAUUUCUGUCUGUGUGCCACGCCAACCAUUCUUAGAGGCCCCUUCUUUCAAUCAAGACUCUCUUUCUAUGUUUUCCAUUCAGUUCCAUUUUCUUAGGUCUUCUUUUUUGUCUUUCCUCAGUCUUUGAGGAUAUCUAAGAGGUACUUAAAACACAGGGUUAACUUUUAAACCAGCUCUUGCUUGUAGAGUUCACAGCUUCAAAGACAUUUUUAAAGUUCUCGAUUCUGGACUUGUGCAGUUGUGGAGAAAACAAAAAAGUACAGCAAAUAGGUGGAUGAGACAAUCUGUAAUGGAGCUUAUCCCAGACGGAACGAAAACGGAGCACAAUUUUCUUUCUAAAAAGUAAUCGCUGACAAAUGCCAAGGGUAUUUCUUUCUAAAAGGUGUGGUCUUUCCACAAGGCUUUGUUGAAAAAUAUGGUUACGGAACUGGUUAAAAAACAAAAAAUAAACUAAACGCUACCACCUGGUGGUCAAAGAGCACAUAGCAACAGCGACAAUGUACGCCAUAUCUGGUUAAGGAAGAAGAACAAUAAUAGCACAGGGAUGGAGGUUGUUAUGAGAUUUGGAUAAAGAAUCUGCCUUUUAUCUUGUGGACACAUCUGCACAUGGCAAGACGUUGUGCAGGAUCAUGUCUUAGAGAAUUUAACUUGUCUGUUGUUUCCAAUGUGAUUGUGACCUCGGAUCUUAUUUAAAAAUGUUUCUGUUUCCACAUUUCUGUUUGACAUUGAAUGUGUGAGCCUGAGAGAGAGGAAAAGUGGUGAGUCUGGUCUAAUAGGUGCAUGACAUGAAGGGAUUUUUGCUGGGAGUAGAAUGGUAUUCUUUGUCCAAUUUUUUAUACUUGGAGAUGCCUCAAUGGCUUAUGAAGAAUGAGACAUGACAAAUGUGGCCUUCAUCUCGCCGGCGUCAGCUUGUGUCCUCUUAGGUCACCCGUGAAAGCCUACAUGACAAAACUCAAGGGGCUUGUCCCAUUCUAUCUGGAGAGCUUUAUUGACUAUUGACUCAAUGAGGCCUUGGUGCAGGUUGCUGCAAAUAGAAAAAGAAUACUCCAGAACCCAUUCAACAAGUACAUUAGUGUUUGGUAAAGGUAAACAAUGGGUUGUCAGUCCAUGAACGUUACAAUAUAGAAACCCAAAAUUCAUCCAAAAGUAGCUCAACACUAAUAAAGCCGUUAGCACUGUGAAUGGUGUACAACCUUAAGAGUGGGAACAAGUCCUUUUACAGUGAGGAUAGCACAUCUUUCACACUAUGGAAGACAAACCGCUAACAGAAAAGUUUGUACACCCACUUCUCUCAAGUAAUAGUAUUAAUGUAGUCCAUCUACCGCAACAGUACUGUGCAAGGUUGUACUUACCCCAUCUUCUGCCCAGGCACCUUCUACUCAAAUUAAAGGGGCUGUACAGGAUAACUGUAUAGAAUAAUUUGACUGCUUUCUUCAGGUUAGAGCACCACACCUGUCCAUGGGUUUUGUAUUCAGCUCAACUCAUUGAAGGUUUAUUGUCUAUCUUCCCAUAGGUACCUUGAGGGACACUCUGGGCAAAACCAAUGCACUAUGUUACAUCUAGCGCAGGACCUGGGGGGGGGGGGGGGGUGCCUGACACAGGUAUUUAAAGAGGGACAAUCUCUGUAUCGUGCUCUGCCCUGUUAAAUCAUGUACUAGAUAUAGCACAGUAUAUCAGUUUUGGCUGCAGGUGUCAUCAGAAAAUGAUGUAUUGGUUAAAUCAAGUUUUUGUCAUAAAAAAUAUUCUUUAGGAAUUUUUGUGAUGUUUUUUUCUAUUUUGCCAUUUUACUAUCUAUUAUAAAAAACAAUCCUGAAAUCCUGUAAUUUUCAUUUUCACCCCUAAACUUAAAACUAAGCUCAGACUUCCUGUUCUGUCUGUGAUGGUAAGGAGGAGGCUGCUGGAAAGUGAUCUGUACAGUAUGACAGUGAAAGGUGACCAGUAGAUAGAAAGGCAAUAGAUGAAGUUCACAGCUCAGCCACUCCCUCCCUGUGGAAUGACCCUUUCAAAGGUCUCAGAGGAUGCCCAGUAAUAUUUCCCAUGCAUUGAAACAGGACACGUCCUGUCCUUUGUAUUGACUAUGGUUCCUGGGGCUUGUUGUAAAGUAUAUAUCUAAAUGCUCUUAAACAGCUCAAGCAAGAUGGCAGCCCCCAUAAUAAUGCACAAAAAUUAAAUUAAAAUAUUACAAUCAGAAAA